AUGACCCGCCGCCGCAGCCCACGUCUCCAUCCCCAGAUCCACACCACCACUGAGGAGGCCGCCGGAAUGGCCCUCCGCCGCAGCCCGCGGCUCCACCCCCAAAUCCCCGUGAGUGGCGAGGGCGCCGCAGUGCCCCGCCGACGCAGCUCGCGCCUCAACCCCCAAAUCCGCGUGGGUGAGGACGGAACCGGAGCGACCGGCCGCCGCAGCACGCGGCUCCAUCCCCAAGUCCACGCGAGCGAGGUGGGCGCCGGUGUGACCCGCCACAGCCGCCGCCGCCGCCGCCGCGGCAACUCGCCGGGGAAGCUUGCUUCCCUGCCGGACAACGACGAUAUGCUCCGGGAGAUCCUCCUGCGCCUCCCGCCUCAGCCGUCCUCCCUCCCGCGCGCCUCCGCCGUCUGCAAACGCUGGCAACGCGUCACCACCGACCCCCCGUUCCUCCACGGCUUCUCUGCCCACCACCGCAAGCCGCCCAUCCUCGGCGUCUUUGAGAGAGAUGGCUACGACAUUGUGUUCACUCCCGUCCUGGACCCUCCCGACCGCAUCCCUCCCGAGCGCUUCGACGUAAGACAUCACGUCCGCGGCUUCCGGAAGUUCAACCUGCUCGGGUGCCGCCACGGUCGCGUCCUCCUCAAGUUCAGGACGACGGUCAUUGUGUUGGACCCCAUCACCAGCGAGCAUCGGCGCAUCGAAGCUCCACCAGUGUUCACGGGGUUAGACUACCUCUAUGGGGCUGUGCUCUGCGCUGCCACCGACCCACGCCACACGCACAGCAGCUGCCACUCGAGCCCCUUUACUUUGGUCUUGAUGUCCCCGUGCCAGGGCUACCAAGAAGGUACUCCACCCAUCGCUUGUGUAUACUCCUCGGCGACUGGCCUAUGGGAAAAUCACAUCUCAACAACAGAUCGAUGUGCGUUUGUUCAUUGUAAUCCUGGGAUCCUUGUUGGCAAUGCCAUUUACUGGUCGUCUCAGAGUGUCGAUGCUGAAUCAAAUUUUUUGAAUUUGGAUGAGCUCGCAGACGACAUAAUUGAGUUUGAUUUGGAUAGGCAGAGUCUUGCUGUGAUCAAGGGGCCUCCAGAUCUUAAUCAUUCCAUCACGCAUCAGAUAAGCCAAGCAGAGGAUGGUGAUGUUGGUAUUGCCAUAUUCUCUCAUGGUAGAUUCGAAAUGUGGCAGAGGAAGGUCAGUUGUUUCGGUGGUGCUACAUGGUUCCUGCACAAGACCGUUGAAAUACAUACUGUUCUUGGGAUCCCUCCUCAGGUUGAAGGAUCGGUGAGAGGGGUCAAAAUACUUGGGUAUGAUGAGGAUAAUGGUGUAAUGUUUUUAUUUCUGGACUACAAUGUCUACAUGGUUCAAGUUAUGUCAAUGCAAUCCAUGAAACAUUAUCAAAGCAAUUAUGCAAGUUAUGCUGAUGACAUUCAUCCUUUCACAAGUUUCUAUGCACCAGCCAUUCCUAGUGGACGCGAUGGAGCUGAAAUGCUGCAAGAUACGUAG